AUUUUCUUUGAUUUCCAUCGUAUACCUUCUAUAAAAAGCUCGGUUAUCUUUCAAAAGCAAACUUCUUCGCCGAGAGGCUUGGAGUUCUGAUCCGUGAAGAAGUGGAAGGAGAUGACGGAGGCUCUGAAACUCCCUAUCAUAGACCUGUCCUCACCGGAUCCCGUCUCCACCGCCAAUUCAAUCCGUCAGGCAUGCACAGAAUAUGGUUUCUUCUACCUUGUGAAUCCUGGGGUGGAGCAAGAAUUGGUUGAGAGAGUAUUUGCGGAGAGCAGCAACUUCUUCUCACUCCCUUUGGAGGAAAAGAUGAAACUGGCUCGCAAGGAACACAGAGGCUAUACGCCGCUGUAUGCUGAGAACCUCGAUCCCACUUCCACUUCCAAAGGUGACUCGAAAGAGAGCUUUUAUAUUGGCCCUUUAGAAGAUAUUACAACUGUGGUUGAUUUGAAUCAAUGGCCUUCAGAAGAAGUUCUAACUUCUUGGAGACAUACAAUGGAAAGUUUCUAUAGAAAGGUCCUGUCCGCUGGAAAAAAAUUACUUUCUCUACUUGCUUUGGCUUUGAACGAAGAUGAGGACUUCUUUGAAAAAGUGGGGGCCUUAGAUAAACCAUCGGCAUUUCUUCGGCUGUUGCAUUAUCCAGGUUUAGUAGCACGAUUUACAUAUAAAGCCCACAUAGUCCACAAAUCAAAACCACACACACACAUAUAUAUAAAGCCCACGAUUUAUAUAUAUUUCUGUUUAAUUAUUACAAAUGUUUAUCUUGAUCUUUUUCUUUCAUUCAGUUCUUGUUUUGUUGGGGGGGGGGGUUUGUGUCAUUCUAUACUUCAUUUUUUUUUUUUUGCCAAGUCAUAUCUAGUGGCAUCUUUAAUUGGGUUGUAGUUUAGGUAUAAACUUAAAGUUACAGGUAUAAAGAGCAGAACCUCAUAGUCCAGAAUUGUGUUUUGCUAAUGCUGUUUUCUCAUACUACGAUUCUGAACUGGAGCAUUUGAUUGUUGAGAAAUGAGCCGUUAGACCAAAAUGGACGUUUUCGCAUCAAAACCAAUUUUCAGGGUGUAGUUCAUAUAGAAUAUAGCACUAAUACAUGGUCCAAUCGUCCUCAGCGACAAUAUUAAGGCAUCAGCAAAUUCUAAAGGAUGAGAACUAGAAACUGGCCUCUUUAUCCCAAGAUCCAUUAGAUGUUAUGUUUAGCAUAGCCUUCCAACAUGGGGCCAAGUAUAUUUAGGUACUAACUCAGCUG